GGCGGCGGCGCAGGAGGAAGCGGAGGAGGGAGGGCGCGCCGGCCCUGGGAGGGUGGCAGCGCAGCGCUGCCGCCGCCGCCGCCGCAGCCCCGGGCUCGCCAUGCUCCUGGCCUCGGCCGUGGUGGUCUGGGAAUGGCUGAACGAGCACGGCCGCUGGCGUCCCUACAGCCCGGCCGUGAGCCACCACAUCGAGGCGGUGGUCCGCGCCGGCCCCCGCGCCGGGGGCAGCGUGGUGCUGGGCCAGGUGGACAGCCGUCUCGCGCCCUACAUCAUCGACCUGCAGUCCAUGAACCAGUUUCGCCAGGACACCGGGACCCUCCGCCCAGUUCGACGCAACUACUACGACCCGACCUCGGCCCCCGGGAAGGGCGUGGUGUGGGAGUGGGAGAACGACAAUGGUUCUUGGACGCCCUACGACAUGGAAGUGGGCAUCACCAUCCAGCACGCCUAUGAAAAGCAGCACCCCUGGAUCGACCUCACUUCCAUUGGCUUCAGCUACGUCAUUGACUUCAGCACCAUGGGCCAGAUCAACCGGCAGACCCAGCGCCAGCGCCGCAUCCGCCGGCGGCUUGAUCUCAUCUACCCCAUGGUCACUGGCACCUUACCAAAGGCCCAGUCCUGGCCAAUCAGCCCAGGCACGGCUGCGGCCCCCCCGGCCCCGCCCUGCUCCUGCCCACAGUGCGUCCUGGUGAUGAGCGUCAAGGCGGCGGUAGCCAACGGGAGCGCUGGACCCCAUCUGCCCCCGGUGGCGCGCAAGAACGUGCCCCCGUCCGGAGCGGUCAAGGUGCCCGCGCCAUCAGGCCCUGGGGCCAAGCCCCUGGACAGCACAGGCAUCAUUCGAGGCCCGGCAAAGACAGUCCCAUCGCAGGCGAUCCGGCGACAAGCCUCCAGCGCGCCAGCAGGGGCGACUGCAGGCUCUUCUGUUAGUCCCCCGGGAGCCAACGGCAAGACCGGAAGGGUGGCCCUGGCAACCUUGAAUCGGACCAACCUGCAGCGACUGGCCAUCGCCCAGUCCCGCGUGCUGAUCGCCUCUGGGGUCCCCACCGUCCCGGUGAAGAACCUGAAUGGGUCCAGUCCUGUCAACCCUGCCUUGGCAGGAAUCACUGGGAUCCUCAUGAGUGCAGCGGGGCUGCCUGUGUGUCUCACCAGGCCACCAAAGCUGGUUCUCCAUCCACCCCCCGUCAGCAAGAGCGAAAUAAAAUCCAUCCCAGGGCUUUCCAACACGAGCCGCAAGACUACCAAAAAACAAGCCAAGAAAGGGAAAACCCCGGAAGAAGUGCUGAAGAAGUAUCUGCAGAAAGUUCGGCAUCCACCAGACGAGGAUUGCACCAUCUGUAUGGAGCGCCUCACAGCCCCCUCGGGCUACAAGGGCCUGCAGCCGACAGUCAAGCCUGACCUGGUGGGAAAACUGUCCAGAUGCGGCCACAUCUACCACAUCUACUGCCUGGUUGCCAUGUACAACAAUGGCAACAAGGAUGGGAGUUUGCAGUGUCCAACCUGUAAGACCAUUUAUGGGGUGAAGACAGGUACCCAGCCUCCAGGGAAGAUGGAGUACCACCUCAUCCCCCACUCCCUGCCUGGCCACCCGGACUGCAAAACCAUCCGGAUCAUCUACAGCAUCCCCCCUGGCAUUCAGGGGCCAGAACACCCAAAUCCUGGGAAAAGUUUCAGUGCCCGAGGCUUCCCACGACACUGUUACCUUCCAGACAGCGAGAAAGGGAGAAAGGUCCUGAAGCUGCUGCUUGUGGCCUGGGAUCGCCGCCUCAUCUUUGCCAUCGGGACCUCCAGCACCACGGGCGAGUCAGAUACCGUCAUCUGGAAUGAGGUCCAUCACAAGACAGAGUUUGGCUCUAAUCUCACUGGUCACGGCUACCCAGAUGCCAAUUACCUGGAUAAUGUGCUGGCUGAACUGGCUGCCCAGGGCAUUUCGGAGGACAGUGCCGCCCAGGAGAAGGACUGAGCUGGAGGGGCCUUGGGCAUGGGAGGCGGCACCAUGGGGACCACCAAGCAGGAAGUGGGGAGAGUCAAGGCGAAAGCCGGGUGCCGGGCCCUCCCGACUCCCUCGUCCCGCCUCUGGUCCUGUCUGCACCUCCAUCCCUCCCAGCCCCAGAGGGGAGCCCAGAGUGAGUAGCGAUGUCAUUCACAAACUUCAUCCAACACCAAAGGGACGCGGGAUGAGCGCCAUCCGUGGUCUGUUCCCACGGCGUUUUUGGUGCUGGGUAGGCCAGAGCCCCCCUCAGCUCCCUCAGUAAGGGCACAGCCAGCACACUUAGGGGGUGGGCACCCCAUACCCUGGCCUUGUGAAGCCUGAGGGUCAUGCCUCCAUUGGCUUCUUGCUGCUUCCGCUUUGAGAGCGGAGUCCUCGCUUUCCUCUCCUCCCCUGGAGAUGAGGAGCGCUCACUGUGCAAGACUAGGGGGGCCAGGGGGUGAAUCGGGAACUGCUGUGACAUCAGAAAUGGAUGCCUUGGUGUAGAGCCAGGAAGCACUUCUUGCCGAGAGGGUCAGGGGGGCACAGGCUUCCGGGAACAGACCCGGCUUUUGUCAUUGUCCUGACUUCUCUGGGCCCUCCCUCCCUCCCUCCCUCCCUCCCUCCUCACACCUUUGGCCUGUCCAGAGGGCAUCUGGUUCUCUUGUGCGGAGGGGCGGACUCCGGGAUUCCUCUGUGGGGCACAACCCCACGAUGUCUCCAGUCCCUCUCUAAUCAGACCAGAGCCUGCAUCCCACUUAGCAUCUUGGCCGUCCUCAGGGACAGGGACCCACAGCCUUCUUCCCAGCUCAUCCCAGACCAGCUCGAAGAUUCCAUGAGUUUCAAGUCACUGUGAGUGGAGCCCAGGGUGGGCUCUGUGCCAUCUGUGUACGUGCAUGUGUGUGUGUGCGCAUGCAUGUGUGUGUGUGUGUGUGUGUGUGUGUGUGCGUGCACACACCACUGGGCCAGGUUGGUAGAGAGCCCCCUUAUGUUCUCACACUCUGUCUUGCAAGAUGUCCGAGCCCGGUUCUGAUGGGGAUGGGAUGGGCAGGCCAUGGUCCCCUGACGUGCCUCACCCUUUGCCAACCCAUCCCAUAGUAAACUUGGACCCAGACGGAGGCAGAACUGUGCUUGGGGAGAUGUGUUAGGUGAGGGUUUCACUGACCCCUGGGUAUGAAUCUUUCACGACGGGAAUCUGAGGGGGUUCCCUAGUGGUUCAGUGGGUUAAGGAUCCUGUGUUGUCAAUGCUGUGGUGUGAGUUCGAUCCCUGGCCCGGGAACUUCUGCACGUUGCCAGUGCAGCCAAACACAAAAACAAAAAGAUGAUGGGCUCUGAGCCAGCUUCCAUCCAGUCUUGCACUGAAGGCCUCAGUCUGCCUCCCUGGUCAUUUGCUGAUCAGAGCCCAGAGGUGCUGGGCCCCCCAUCUCCCUCCUCCAUCACAGGCUGCCCCAGAGCAUGAGGGAGACUCCAGCUCAUGCCCAGCAGGGUUGGGAUGACAGGGUGCAGUCCCACCUGCAUCUGGGUUGUGUCCCAAGACCUGUUGAUCUCCUCCCCAACAUUCCCUUCAGCUCCCAUUCAGGAAGGAAUUGGGUGUCGGGGGGGGGAGAGAAGGGGGAUCAAGAAGGGAAACCCACCCCCCCUUUGAAAGUGGGUUCUUUGAACUAUGUGUUUGGGGGAAGUUCCUCUGGAUACUAAGUUGAAUUUAUAUACCUCAUGUUUGGGGGGGUUGACGUAUAUAUAUGCAUAUAUAUUUCGUAGUAUUUGGAAGGUUUUCAAUGCUAGAAAAAUGGAAACAAAAGAACCUUCAAAAAUGGUACUUAAGUGAGAAGUGGAAGCCAAGCUCUUUUGAGAGCGGGCUCCGAGCUGCUCGCUCUUAGGCCGGCAGCUAUUUUGACGAUAGCGUGGCCAGGGGAUUCAUCUGAGUCCCCACCGCCCCCAGCACCUGGGGCAGGCUGCUGUUGAGCCCUUCCUCCUUGUCCAGAUGGCUGUAGGGACAUUACUUGGCUCCAGCAGAGGGAGCUCCAGCAGGAGGAAUUGUUCCUGUCCUUUUAAUUCCAGUCUCUCCCACCAGCCCUUUAUCUCACCUGCCGACCCAGAGAUAGGUCCCAAGUUCACCACACCAUGAACUUGGGGCAGUUUCCUGCCACAGUCGGGAAGGAAACAUCUGAACUCAGUGGAAGAGACAUCCCUGCAGGUUUAACGUCACGUGCGUGCCCUUUGCCAGGCUACCUUGUGCCAGGGAUGAGCCUCAUUAUGAGCCUGGUACCAUCCCCACCUUCAAUCAGCAUCCCUGUCAAGUGCUCACUGGGCUCCUCACCCAUUGCCAGAGGGGGGCGGUGCAGAUUGAGGGUUGGUGGGCAGAGAGCUGUGUGGUAGGAGGUAGGGAAAGAAAAUGCUUUGACAACAGCAGUGGGUGGUGGGAGAGGCUGAUUUCCUUGGAGCUGGGUGGGGGAACAUGAUUUCCCCGGGUGGAAGAAGGUGUGGGUGGAGAAGGGGAUUCCUGAGAGCAGAAGGAAGAGGAUACUGGGGGCAGGUGGUGUGCCGGGGGCAAUACCACUUUCAGAGUCGUCUUCUCACCUUAAGCCUUCCCCCCCAGGAUGCUGACGGUGUCUGUGCCCCACGUCUCUUCCUCUCCGAGGAUGCCCAGCAGGGGCUACCUCAUCCUCAUGCUGCUCUUGUGGGACAUUCUGGGCAGAAGGAAUCUUUGCAUUUCCUUUCUAACACUGUGCCAGGCAAGGGGGUGGGGGCAUUCCUUUGCCCUGUCCCGUGCCAAUCUGGAAAGGUACAGUCUCGGGUUCCGUGAGAACCCUGCCAGCAGAGGCCCUGUGUAUCCAUCACUUUGACUCGGGAGGUUCUCCCACUGGAAGCCCUGCUGUGUUCCCUGCCCCAUGCAGGUGCAGGGAAUUCCAUGCCUUUCCUUUCAUCGUCUUAGCACCAGCAGCCUAGUUUCUCCCUUCCUGAGUCUCCAGGGAGGACACAUGGGAUUGGAGACAAACCUUGUUAUAUGCUCAUCCCUUAAAAGAUGAAUCGUGUACAUGUAUUUGCGUGUGCCUUUGUGUUUUCAUCCCCCUCUCCCCCUUUUGUAAAGCUUGGACUUCUCUGUGGUUUUAUAUUCAGUCAAAAGUACUGGUCCUGGUAUUGCACUGUUGUGGGCAUGAGAGGAUUGGGGAAAGGUCCCGUGUGGUACAAGAAAGGGCCCUGUCCUCUUGCCUGUGGUCACUGGCAUUGAUGGGGAGGGGGGAGGGGUCAGGAGAGGGCAGGCGAAGGUCCUAUUAUAAAUCCUUGUAACUGGUGUGAAGUCCUUGGUGUUGCUCUGUGAGAGGACAUCGCCACCUGGUGCUCAUGACGUGUAUGUGCAGAACAAUAAAUGGCAAGUGAACAACCACAAAUUGCCGUUUUGGUUUUUUUUUCCAUCUGCUUUCUGCAGACCAGAGCACCUACGUGUGAGGUAUUUGGGGUACCUCCCCGGGUCUGUCAGCAACUGCAAGCCCCUCCACUGAAUGGGGGAGUCCUUUUCUAAUUUUUUUCACAGCUCUCCUACCCACAUCCUUGGCCAAAUAACCCAGGCUUGACUUCUUGUUCCUCUGCAGACACAGAUCACGAGGGGAAGUGAGAAAGUGAAACUGUGGGGAAGGACCUCUUAAACUCCACGAACGUUUGCUUCUUAAAGUUCCCUUCACCCAACUACAACAUCGUGUAUGUUCAAAUUGUUUACAGUUGGUGGUUUUUCAAAUACAAGUUUAGUAUUGAUUCUCCCGAUACCAAUGAGAACACAAAAAUAAAAUGCCAUUGCACAGCCACCUCUGUCACCCACAUGUGUCUCUAUUUCUGACAGCCCAUAGAGUGUAGUGUUCCUUGAAAGCCUGGGUUCGUCUUUCCACAGACGGCCCCCUAAGCUGGCCAGUGAGGAAAACAGGACUGGAAAAGCAGAGCCUGAGAACCCCCCACCCGGGUUCUGACUUUGUAAAGUGACUUGAUGACUGUAAACCACAGACCCCCAUGUUCUGAUUUUCUGUGGAUGAACAGUCGGACAAUGUUCUUUGAGGACAGGUUUUAAUGCAUAUUCAUGUGCAGCAUUGUUUAGAAAUGUAAGUUUGUGAAGAACCUUUGGUUGGCAGUUAGUGCAUUAAAAGGCUGGGAGCCUCUGGCUGUACUUUGUCUCUCUGACUCAGUAACCUUCAGAGAAUUCAUGGAGAAGUCUGUAUUGGCAGGAAAGGGGUUAGCCUGGCUGAAACAUACCCACAGAACGCCCAGAAGUUUAGGAGAGCUUUUUAAUGCUUCAGAAGCAGGGGUAGAGGAGGUAAAGACCAGAGUCCCUAGCUGAAGGCAGGGCUCCAGUUCUGUGACUCACUUCUCUGUAUCAGAGUGGCAGAUAAUCCUCUCCCAAAUUCUCACAGGCUGGCACCCUUCAAGCUCCUCUGAAGGAGGACCUGGUAUAACAUUUUUGAUCUCAAAUAUUUAAUGAGGAAAGGACAAAUUCUCCUUCAUUAAAGAUGACUCACUGAUGACAUUUGACUUGGUGAAUAAAUGUAUAACUUCUUUGGCCGUGCCUAUGACAUAUGGAAGUUCCUGGGCCAGGGAUCAACCCCUGCCACAGCAGUAACCCAAGCUGUGCAGUCACAAUGCCAGAUCUCACAAGGGAACACCAAGAAAUAUGUAACUUAAAAAAAAA